AACCUGGUGCCACCCCAACCAUCCGCACCCUCAAAAAAACCAGCCACUUCCAGUACCCAGCCAGAGCACAGACACAACAUUGCACAUCUCCUCACAUGCACGUGACUCAGCCCCUCUCUCGCACAGCGGUGGGGCCCUUGCGGGGUGCUGGGCAGGCAGCUGCUGCAUUUUCACCAGUUUGGAGUGGUUCUCACUCGCACUGCGGAAGCAGGAAAGCGGCAGCAGCUUCGGCUGGACACUGAAACUUUUACCGCAAGCCACCUCCAUGUGUUGGGAGAACAUUGCAAAUCCUUAGACCCACAUAAAAAACCCGGCAGAUUAAAUUAUUUUUCUGGCAAAUUGAUAAAUCACUGGCCAGGCUGGUCAAAUAUCGGCCAGAUAGGAACCCACCCGGCACAGAGGAGGCACAUACAGGCCUGACCCAAGUAGCAGGCUGCCCAGCAAGGGGCUGCCAGGACCACAGGGUGCUCAGGGCCUCCGGGAGCUGGGCCAGCUGCUCCUGGUCCCCUGGCCAUGGCUCGUUGCCUGCCACAGGGUCCCCAUAGGCGGAGCACGCCCCCUCCGCAGCCUUCCCAGCCCCUGCCACAGGGACCUGCUGAGCCAGGAGUCAGAGACCUGGCUCCAGCCAUGCAGCGGAGCUUCUUGGGGGGCAGCACAGGUACCUCCUGGCCACCCAGGACUCCCAGCAGGGUCCUGGGCCAGGCAUGCCAGGGACCCCUGUGUGCUGAGGCCUAGGACCGCAGUGCCCUCGUGGGAUCCUGUGCCCAGUUCUGGUGCCCACAAUUCAAGAAGGAUGUCGCUGAAUGGGAGGGGUCAGAGAAGAGCCAUGAGAAUGAUGAACAGGUUGGCAAACAGCUGCAUCGAUUGAACUUCUCUUUGGGAGGCUACGGGUGACGCUCACCAUCUGGAAGUGCCUAUAGCUCUGCAGUCUAGCAGAGAGCUAACACCAUCCAGUGGUUGGGGGCAGAAGUGCGACACAUUCAGACAGGAAAUGAAGGUGGAUGUUUUAAUGGUGAGAGUAAUUAGCCAUCGGAGCAGGUCCCCAAGGGCCGUGGUGGAUCCUCCAUUAUGGUCAACUUUUAUCUCAAGACUGGCUGCAUUUUCAAAGGGGAACGUGGGGCAGGUCUCUGGCCUGCGUGGUGCAGCAUGACCACAACCGGCCCCUCUGCCCUUGUAAUCCCUGCCUGGGGCUGUGACUCGUUCCCCUCACCCCGUGGCCCCACCCUGCAGGGCCAGGGAGGGUGACUGCAGCGAGGUCGACCCAUCUGAGUAAAGCAGAUGCAUUUUUCCCCAGCUGCAGGAGGAGAGAGGCUGCCCAUGGGUGCCUCUGCUGCCUGGACAUGCAGGGGCUAAUGGGACCCCCACACAGUGCAGCAAAGCCCCUCAGUCAGGCCUAGAACCAAAGAUUUAGCCUCCCCGUGAGGCCACGUGGCGGCAGAAACCACCAGCUCAGCAACCUUGGGGCUGGAUUCAGGGCACAGCUAGCACCGGAGACAUUAGCCUACAUCCCAAAUCUCAGCACGGGCAGUUGGUCAUGGCUUCCCGAAACUCGACCUGUGAUUUCAGUUGGAAACUCAUUGCUGUGUCUGUCACCUGCCACUGUAAUGCAGCCACCUCUGGGGUGGGGCGUGGCUGCUGCACAGCGUGCCAGCAUAGUGCAGGAAGGGGAGUGGGCAUUGUAUCAGAUUGAUGCAGCAGGGCUGGGGACGAGUGGAAUUUGGCCAGGAGGCGGGGGUCAGGCCCCUGCUCCUGUUAAAUCCCAGCAACCAAGGCCCCCUGGUGUGGACAUCCCUCCUCCUCCCCCCGCAGCCCCUCACCCUGAGUUGUGGCUGCAGAGCUUUUGUUUGCCACCAAGGUGCCUGGUGGGAGAAGAGCUGGAGCCAUCAGGUGAGCACUCGCAGGCUCCUCCUGGGAUGGACCUUUCCCCCCCACCCCCAGUUCUCCCUGCCCAAUGCUCUCCCCAGGCCCUGGGGGGCGGUAUAUUAAAGCCCCAGGCAGCCCCAUCUGCAGGGGCGGCACAUGGGGAAGACAGGCUCCCGCUCAGAUCCUGCCAACUAGACAGGCUGUGGCUUCCCGGCUUCCCCAGCAUCGGCCUGGCUGUUACUCCAGCCCAAAGGCCUGGCAUCCUCCUGGCCAGCACCCACUGCCCCAUGAGCAGGAGGGGAAGGGGUCCCAGGAAGGGGUUACCCUGUCCCCAUCUCCUCCAGCCAGCACUCUUCCCGCUGGGGCAGGCCCAGCCUCCAGGCCAUCUGCCUAGGCUCAGCGCACCCACCAUGUGCUCCGGGUGCUCUCAGCCCCGGCUUGGCACGGCUUGGGGAAGGCAGGCGUGUCCAUGUGGCUGCUGCAGAGAGCCCUUUCCCACCUCCCCUCUGUCCCGGGUGCCCCGAGGGGGCCGGCUGCGUCUGAGUGAGCAACCCCACAUGGCAGGAAGGGCCCAACUGCUCUCUAAGGCUCACACGUCGUGUGGGCACCAUCUGAGCCUGGCCCCAAAACCCAUCAUCUGGGGAGGCAGCUGAAACUUGGCCCAGGUGAGGCCGAGUCUCAUCCCCUAACAGGGCCGGUUCCUCUAGGAUCUGCCCGUCCCCGACCCCUGCCUGUCUCCGGGCCAGCCUGUCAGGCCCACCUUGCUGUCUGCAGUCCCGCCAGCUCCCCACUGCCAUGGGGCUGGGAAGGGCCCCGCCUCGCUCUUGGAGAGCCACUCCUGGUUCAUCCCGUGCUAACUGGUUCCUGGAGGGCCAGCUGUGGGAAGGGGUGGGGAGCAGAAGGAAGACAGCUACACCUGGGAGACUGCUGAGUGCUGCAGGCUGCCCCGACCCGGAGCCUGCCUGGAUCUGAAGCCGGGUGCCCCAAGAAGAGAGAAGGAUGGCAGACCCUAAUUAAUGGCACUCUUGCAGCUGACGAGCCAGGCUGCCUAAGAGACCGCCCACCCACCAGGAUCCUGUCACCCCCUGCACACCGAGGCAGAGACAAUGCGAGGGACCCAGGAGACCAAGACCCUACCAGCUAGCACUGGGCGGGCACCUCUUCCGACUAUCAGUUUAUCUUCCAUCACGCUAUCAGCUGAGCUUGUGCCGUACAGCAGAACUACUCAGCAUCCCUAACUCUUGGGGAAGCCAGCACCAUCCUGUUAUCACGCGUGCCAGGAGUGAGGCUGGUCACCUCCUACUACCAGGUCCUCAGGGAAAGGCAUGAGUUUGUUAGGUUAAGGUACUUACAAUGGGAAAGUUACCACCAGGAGUUCUGGGAUUCUUUUACUGUUUUGCACUCAUAAGCUUAAUGU